GGGUACUUGAUUAGAAUUCAUGGGUGUAAAUAUGACAUUAACUCCACAUUUACAUAACUUAGCAGAGGAAACAGUGUGUGAGUGGAUGUUGUCUGGCUCCCGUUUACACUCCAAUAUUCUAAUUUGGCAGGAUUACCGAAAUGUGUCAUGAAUAUUCAUGAUACCUUAUUCAAUCGACCUUCUUAAAACGAAAGUAGUUUAAAGAUUUUCCAAUUCUUAAAAAUGGCGUCGUUGGAAGAGGAUAUGGACACUGGUGAAUUUUAUGGUGUACAAGCAGAACCAAGAGACAUGGACAGUCAAAGCAUAAAGAUAUCGCCAUUCCAAGUUCCAAAUAAGGCUGGAGGAUAUGUGUACAAGACAACUCUAGAAUCCCAGCUUUGUAGUUUCAUUUGUACUGGCUCCCCAAAUCAUAACUAUAGGGCAGGGAAUUGUGAGCUGACUUUAGAAGAUGUGCCUUUUGUAAUUCAAUUAAUUCAGGACGGAUCAGGAAAGACAGUGGUCGACAUACUCAUUCGCUUCUCAACAACGUCCCGCGCGUUCAAACAAGACCCACUGAUCUUUAUUUUGGCGAUUUGCUGCCGAUCUAAUGAUAAGGCAACAAAAAAUGCUGCAUACAGUGCACUCCCAUCCAUUUGUAGAAUUCCUACACAACUAUUCAGAUUUUUAAACUUUUGUAAAAUGAUAAGCAGUCAUCAGUCCAGGAGUAAAGGCUGGGGCAGAGCUCACCGAAAGGCAAUAUGCGAUUGGUAUCGUAGCUAUGGGGCAACAGAACACAAACUGAAAUUAUUGGCCCUUCACAUAACCAAAUAUUCCAAAAGAUAUGGAUGGAAGCAUAAAGAUGUGAUUCGUUUAUCACAUCUCAAAGUUAAUGACGAAGAUCCAGCAUUAAAAUAUCUAGUCAUCGUUGCAGUAAAAGGAAAACAAUUCGCAGAUUCAACCAAUUUCAUGCAGAAUCUACAACAACAGGAUAAUUACGAAACUUCACAUUUAAAACAGAUCGUCGAUCUCCUUACUGCGAUUGAAACUGCCAAGACGACAAAGGAUGUUACGCAGAUGAUCAGACUUAUUUUGCAGCAUAGAUUAGUAAGAGAACAUGUGCCAGCUUGCUUUUUGAAUGACAGAAAUGUAUGGUUAGCUCUAGCUAGACACAUGCCAAUGAUAGCCCUGAUACGCAAUCUGGGAAAGAUGUCAAAAUUAGAGCUUUUCCAACUAGAAGCUCCAUCUGGAGAGAGAUCUUUUGAAGAACACUUAGCCUUGGAGAAAUUGAAAAACAAAGAACUUAUUUCGAAGGACAAAAUCCACCCAUUUACUUAUAUGUUGGCGAUCAAUCAAUAUAAAAAAGGCGAGAACGGAUCUAAAACGUUACAGUGGCCAGUUUUUCCACAGAUAUGUGCUGGCCUUGAAGAAGGUCUGUAUUUCUCCUUUCAAAAUAUCAGACCCACUGGAAAGCGGUUUUUAGUGGCAAUUGACAUCAGUAAAUCAAUGACAGAAAAAGUGAACGUCAUAGGUGCACCCUCCCUCCAGCCACUGGACGUGACUGCCUUCAUGUAAACUCUAACUGUCAGAACAGAAAACUGUGACGCAAUCGUUUUCUCUGAUAAAAUAACCGAUGAGUUGCAUUGCCUUCCCUCCGAUAGUAUAGGGAUUGUUUCUGGAAAAAUUGCUGAUCUUCUCACAGAUCAGAGGUCGGGAUCAACAUCGAAUUGCUCUCUGCCAAUUAAGUACGCAAUGGAAAAGAAACAAAAUUACGACGUGAUUGUAAUUUACACGGAUUCCAAUAUAUCCCUUGGAUAUCCUCAUCCGUCUGAAGCAAUAAAGAGGUACAGAAAAUUCUUCCGAAAACCCGACGUGAAACUGGUAGUCUGUAAUCUGGCUUGUUCGGACGUCUCUAUUGGAGACACAGAAGAUCCUUUGACCUUGACGGUUUGUGGAUUCGAUUCCUAUGUUCCGCAGACUAUAACAAACUUCAUAAAGGGUGAUUGUUGAUUUCACAUGCAUUGAUAUAUAUUAGUUAAAUGUUCAUUAUUUGAUAUCAUGUACGAAAUCAUUGAGGAUUUGAAAAGUAAAACAAAACGCUUUUGUACCCCGUUUCUUUGGAAAUAGAUUACAAGAAUAGAUAUUGACACAUCUGAAAA